AUGGGUUGGGGUUUCUUUGUGGUGUUACUAGCCGUGGCGGCGGUUUGUCCGAGGGCAAGUUCAAUCGGAGCGAACUGGGGCACGCAGGCGUCGCACCCUCUUCCGCCGGACAUAGUGGUCCGGAUGCUGAGAGAGAACGGUAUUCAGAAAGUAAAGCUCUUCGACGCCGAGUACGACACUCUCAGAGCUCUGGGCAAGUCAGGAAUCGAAGUCAUGGUCGGUAUUCCAAAUGAGAUGCUUGCCACUCUCGCCGCCAGCCCCAAAGCUGCUGAGAAAUGGGUUUCUAAAAAUGUUUCUACUCACAUCUCCACCGAUAACGUCAACAUCAGAUACGUGGCUGUUGGCAACGAACCAUUCCUGUCGACCUAUAACGGAAGCUAUCUCAGCACAACUUUCCCUGCGCUGAGGAACAUCCAGGCAGCGUUAAACAAAGCCGGUCUUCAGAACCAAGUCAAGGUGACGUGUCCCUUAAACGCCGACGUCUACGACAGCUCAACCACCUUCCCCUCCGGAGGCGACUUCAGAGCCAACAUCCGUGACCUCAUGAUCACCAUCGUCAAGUUCCUGAGCGACAACGGAGGACCCUUCACCGUCAACAUAUACCCUUUCAUAAGUCUCUACAACGACGCCAACUUCCCGGUCGAUUACGCCUUCUUCGACGGUAACUCGAAGCCGGUGAGCGACGGUGGGACUUUCUACUACAACAUGUUCGACGCGAACUACGACACUCUGGUCCACGCUCUUGAGAAGAACGGGUUUACGAACAUGCCUAUCAUUGUCGGUGAGAUCGGUUGGCCUACUGAUGGAGACAGGAAUGCUAACUUGGAGUACGCUAGGAAGUUCAACCAAGGCUUCAUGUCACACAUCUCCGGCGGGAAAGGGACUCCGAGGAGGCCUGGCCCUAUCGACGCGUACCUCUUCAGCUUGAUAGACGAGGACGCUAAAAGUGUCCAGCCGGGAUACUUUGAGAGGCACUGGGGGAUAUUCACGUUUGAUGGCUAUCCUAAAUACUUAUUGAACUUGGGGACAACGAACUCUGGAGCUUUGAUCCAGGCCAAAGGUGUGCGUUAUCUACAGAAGAAGUGGUGUGUGAUGAAGCCAAACGUGAGGUUGGAUGAUCCUCAGGUGGCUCCGAGUGUGAGCUACGCGUGUAGUCUCGGGGACUGUACUAGUCUUGGGGUUGGGACGUCGUGUGGGAAUCUUGAUGGGAAGGAGAACAUAUCGUAUGCGUUCAAUAGUUACUAUCAGAUAAAUGAUCAGGUUGAUACGGCGUGUAAGUUUCCGAAUAUAUCAGAGGUGACUAGGACGGAUCCUUCCACCGGAAGCUGUAGGUUUCCGAUAAUGAUAGAGCCUUAUUACGGUGGGGCUACAACACAAAGGCAAGUGUUCUUCUUGCCACUGCUGCUGUCCGCAGCCAUCACUGUGAUGUGCUUUAUUUUUUGA